AACACCAAAAAAAAAAAAGAACUGGGCUGGGAGAGUGGCAGUGGACAUACGAAACAUUACAUGUGUGUGAGUGCAAGUAAAUACAUGUCAAAUGUCGACACUUCGACAGUCGACUGUUGUUGUUCUAUAUUGUGUUCUAUUGCUGUUUUGUUUGUUGACGAGAAAUACAUGAUUCAUCGCGUUGAUUGUGCAUUGUGAUAAUUUAAGUAUAACGCGCGGAUUUGCGAUUAUUGUUCGAAUGUUCUGAUGAAACUUGAUCAAAUUCAAAUAUUGUUCGUUUUCCUUUGGAUUGAAAAUAUAAAUAUCAGCAUUCCGCUUGGAGAUUUUCUUCGUCAGUAGUAGCGGUGAUCUAUGCCAUAAAAUGGCGUACAUUGUUCAAGUUGCCGAAACCAAAAAAACUCAAAUUUCAACAUCGUUUGCAGAUAAUGUCUGCGAUACUAUAAGAUCACGUAUGCCGGAGAUCUAUAUCACGAGAGUUGAAGCAGUCCAUAAUAAAUUUAUAAACGCUGCGUAUCAGCUUCGUAAAGCGCAAUACGAAUUAACUGUUGGAUUUGCUUGCCCGACUGAAACCUUGUAUCAUGCAACAGCCGCAGAAAAUGUAACUCCAAUUUUGAAAGAUAACUUGGACUGGCGUCGUGUAAAACGUUCAAGAUUCGGUUGUGGAGUCAGCUUUAGUAGCUGUCCAAGUUACGCGAAUAAAUUCUGUAAUGAGCGAAAUGGUGUUGUUCGAGCUUUCGUAUUAUGCGAAGUGUUGACCGGAAAGGAACUUCGAGUUUCCUGUAAUUACUCCCAGUAUCCCAGAAAGAAUAUAGAUACUUACAAAAGUAAGAGUAAUAUGGUGGUCGUAAAGUUCGAAGACGACGCGUUUAAUCCAAAAUGUGUGGUAUAUUAUCAAACGACUCCGCCGCGUCCGUACCGUCCUUUAAGUACUCGUAAUUAUGUUGGAUUCGAAAUCGAUUCCGAAUCCUUUACCGAAGAAGUGACCAGACAUAUCUUCCGGGAACUUCGACAGCGGUACUCGAUCGAAUUUUGAUGCGAAUAUUAUUAUUUUUCUAUUUCCUAUUAUUAUUAUUAUUGAUUGAAACGAAGUACCUAUUUUUAUUACGUGAUUACCUUUAUAAUGUACAUAUUUGUUAUUUACCGAAAGAUUUUCUUGACCUAUUUGUUAAAUUUAUUGUACCUACCUACGUUUUGAAAAAAAUUAUGUUUCGUUUAUUUAGUUUUUAUAUUGCUUAGCAGAAUUUCGACUGUAUUAGUUUAUCAAGUAAUACGUACUUAUUUUAUAAUUUAUCUAAUAAAUUUCGUCAUUUUUUUAUUUGAAAA